UGCGCCUGCUGUCAGCACCAAAGCCUUCCAUUCGCCAUGGCUCGCCGCCGGAGCCAUGGCCUCGAUGCACGCAUCCAGGGAGCUGAUGCAGGCGCUGGCGUCAGUGGAACAACCAGAGGCCGCUCUGGAUCUGCUGCAGAAGUUCACGGACAGCAGAGCAGAUCUCAAUGAGUAUCACAUCUCAGCAGCCUUCAAAGCAUGUGCAGGCACCUGGGAUGCUGCCAUGCAGGUCUGGGGUUUGAUGGCGGGGGUGUCUGCCAAUGUGAUUUGUUUCAAUUCCGCGAUGCAUGCCUUCGAGAGAACUGGUAAGUGGGAGUUUGCCGUGUGCAUCCUCUCGCAAAUGUUUGCAAGUUUCGCAGUGCCUGAUGUCGUCAGCUUCAACACAGCCAUCAGCGCUUGCGCCAAAUCAAGGGCCUGGGCUGCGGCUUUGGGCCUCUUCCGCCAAGUGUUUCGACAGAAGCUAGAGGCGGACCAGAUCACCUUCAACUCGGUCCUGGCAGCCCGGGACGACUGGGGAGCUUCUCUGCAGCUACUGGAGCAGAUGGGCCACUCGAAGGUGGCCCGGGAUGGCAUCAGCUUCAACACCGCCCUCGUGGGACCCUGGCAGUGGGCGCUAUCUUUGCAGAGGGCGGCAAGGACGAGCAGCCUGAGGUUGGAUGUCAUCAGCUAUGCCUCUGCUCUUGGCAGAUUCGAGGAUGGCAGCCAGUGGUGGAUGAGCGCAGCAUUGCUGACAUCCAUGCUGCAGGAGUCUACGAGCCCGGGAAGAGUUUGCUGCCUGAGUGCCAUAGGCGCAAUCAGUGACCAAUGGCCAAUGGCGCUCGGCCUGCUUUCUGUCCAGACCACCAGCUGCGACUCGCACCUUUGCAGCGCUGCCAUUGGUGCCGUUGCACAGCGCUGGCGCAGAGCGCUGCAGGCCAUGGACGCAUGGGCGGCACUGGACCCCGGCUCUGCGUGCCGCAACGCCGCCGUGGGCGCCUGUGAGAAGGCCAGCCGCUGGCACCACGCCCUUUGCCUCGCUGAGGGCCUUGAGUCCGUGGUGGCCCUCGGCUCAGUACUCAGCAGCUUGGAGAAGGCGGCGGAGUGGACCUUGGCACUGGCGUUGCACGAGGGCUCCGUGUGCAAUGUGAUCACCAACAGCGCAGUGAUCAGUGCGUGUUCCAGAGGUCAGCAGUGGCAGCUGGCCCUGCAUGUGCUGCUUAACUUCCACUCGUCCUCUUUGGUGCCAGAUGCGAUCAGCUACAACUCCACUCUGAGUGCCUGCGAAAGAGCUGGGAAGUGGCAGAUGGCGCUUCUGCUGCUGCAGCAUAUGGAGGGGCAGCUGCGGAGCGAUGUGGUGAGCUGGAGCUCCGUGGUGAGCGCCAUGGAGAACUCUGGGGAGUGGCAGCGGGCCUUGGACCUGCUCGCUGCGAUGGUUUCGCGCGCCGUGUUGCCCAACCACCUCACGCUGAACGCAGCCAUCAGCGCAUGUGAGAAGGGCUCCCAGUGGCAGCUCUCCCUUGAGCUGCUCUACUCGAUGGGCGCCAGAGACUUGGAGCCCAGCGCAGUCUCCUACAACGCAGCCAUCUUGGCGACUUCGCGGGCGAGAAGGUGGCAGAUCCUUGGGCGGAGUUUGGAGGCAGAUCACCUUGGAGCUCUUCGCGGAGUUGCAGCGCUCCAGCCUGGAGGUGCAAGCCUUGCUACGUCUUGAUGAACUGUGAACAGUACGGACUCGUUGGGCAUGAAGUAGCCUUGCUGGGGAGUCUGCGGGGCUCCCAUGGACGUCGGAUCCUGGAAUCGGGGCCAGUGAGUGCAUGUGGGGAC